AUGAGUCAAACGGCAACAAUAACUCGGACUACAGAAAAACGACGACGUCAUAUCCGUGAUGAGCCAAUAACAUGGACGAAUUGGUAUAAGCAUGUUAAUUGGCUACAGGCCUUUAUAUUAGGAACCACACCAAUUAUUGCUAUUUACGGCAUAGCAACAACAAAUCUCGUGCUCAAGACUGCUAUCUGGAGUGGGAUCUAUUACUUUGCCACUGGAACUGGUAUUACAGCAGGUUAUCAUAGAUUAUGGGCCCAUCGUGCAUAUACGGCUUCACGUCCCCUUCAGUACGCCCUUCUUUUCGUGGCUUCAGGAGCAGUUCAAGGCUCUCUUCGGUGGUGGUGUAGAGAUCACCGUGCACAUCAUCGCUAUACUGACACUGAUCGUGAUCCCUACAGUGCUCACAAGGGUUUACUCUACUCUCAUAUUGGAUGGAUGAUCCUCAAGCAGAAUCCAAACGUGUUAGGCAAAACAGAUAUUUCAGACUUGAACGCUGAUUGGUUGAUAAGAGCUCAACACAAGCAUUAUGGACUAUUUGCAUUGUUCUGUGGAGUUAUUUUCCCGACUCUUAUUCCCGGUCUUGGAUGGGGUGAUUGGAGGGGCGGAUUCUACUACUCUGCAAUACUUCGUCUCGUCUUGGUCCAUCACGCCACAUUCUGUGUCAACUCCCUUGCCCACUAUCUUGGUGACAAGCCUUUCGAUGAUAAACGCACUCCCCGAGACCAUUUCAUCACUGCUGUCGUCACCAUGGGCGAAGGUUACCACAACUUCCAUCACGAAUUUCCUCAGGAUUAUCGCAACGCCAUCAAGUUCUACCAAUACGAUCCUACAAAAUGGUUGAUCAAGACCUGUUCAAUAUUUGGACUGGCUUCCAAUCUGAAAAAGUUCCCCGAGAAUGAGAUUAAAAAGGGACAGGUUUACAUGCAACAGAAAUAUUUGGAUGCUGUUAAAAAGACUUUGGACUGGGGUACGCCUAUUGAUUCUUUGCCGGUUAUCUCUUUUGAAGACUAUCAAGAAAAGGCGAAAACCAAUGCUUUGGUUCUAAUCGAAGGCAUAGUCUACGAUAUCACUACAUUCAUGGACGAACACCCUGGCGGUCGUGGCGUUGUGAGAGCUGGUAUAGGUAAAGACAUGACAACUGCAUUUAAUGGCGGUGUCUAUGAUCACUCGAAUGCGGCAAGAAACUUAAUGUCCAGAUUUCGUGUCGCCGUUAUAGCCGGUGGCGGCGAAGUUGAGCAUCGUAAGACGAAGUAG